GAUCAGACUGGUUUUUUAAUUUCAUUUUAUACCAGUUGUGCGUCUCCUGAGGCUAUUUUGUUUAUUUUGCUUUUAAAUUCAACAUAUUGGAGAAACAAGAAACCACACAAAGCCGGUGAAUAUGAAGUUACUACUUGUGAUGUUAGUCAUCAUUAUGGGAGUGGAUGCAGGUGGUGCUCCCCCAUCUAUCAGCGUGCCCCAGGGAAAUAAUUGGCCAGAACCCGUUGUGUACAUCCGGUCUGGCACCAAGAGGCAAAUCACAUGUACAGCUAAGGGAUCUUUACCACUCAUGUAUCGAUGGACGGUUGAUGGGAAUCCGGUGAAAAACACAGGCAAUCAUGUCGAGUUUAGUCAAAGUAAUGGGACAUUGUUCAUAGGUUCUGAGUUCUCAGUGUCUGAUUCUGGGAAUUAUUCCUGUGUUGUCAAAAAUGAUUAUGGAGAAACCAUGACCCCUUAUCUUCAAUUAAUCAGAGCUGAUUCUGGCAAUCUAUUUCCUGGUAAUCAGAAUACCCCUGCAGAAACCAUUAUGUUGAAUCUGUACAACCACUAUGCAAUGGAGUGCAAAAACAAGCCUUCCAGCAUACCCCCACUUGAGAUUUCAUGGGAAAUUGGCACUAUGAUUGGUACUACUUUUACUCUGUCAGAAGAGGUCAAACCAUCCGACCGUCUUGUAAGGCAACCAGAUGGAACCCUUCAUUUUCUGUGGUUGACUUCCGCAGAUAGCCAACACUUUCGUUGUUUUGGGACAAACACAGUCAACGGAGUGACUGUGUCAAACCCACUGAUCAUGAAGCUGAAUCUUGCAGCAGGUCAAGGAAAUAACCGUGCCCCAGAGAUUAAGUAUAACGAUGAUGUUACAGUGAUGGCUGGGGAUGAUGCUGUACUCACAUGUAUCUUCUCCUAUUACACAAAGACAGCAGGAGAAACUUUCAGGAUAGACUGGCUGCGUUUGAACAAGGUAGUGGGAAAUGGCACGACUUUGACUCUGCCCAAGGUAAAGGUUCCCGAUAACACGCAGAGUCAGGAAGGAGAAUACCUGUGUGAGGCCCACCUUGGGGAUCUGCAGCCUGUACGAGCUAAAGUCAUCCUGAAAAUCACAUCGCCACCGGAGUUUGUGCCUGCUGAGAAGCCGGCCCACCUGUCCUCUCCUGUAGAAAAGGAUGCCACGUUCCACUGCAGGGCCACAUCACACAACACUUACCAGGGGGCGCCGGUAUGGAUGAUCAAUGGGAAACCUCUCAUUGGUUGCCCCCCAUUCUACUUCGACUGUGGUGGUCAGCCAAACGAGGGAUAUUCCAGGUGUAUUCCCAUCAAGCAGUUCUGCGAUAGCAACCCAGAUUGUCCUAAUAAUGCUGAUGAGAUUAACUGUCCUAGCAAAACCUGCCCAGAAGGCACCAAGUUGUGUUAUGAUGCCUGUAUACCGAAUGCUCAGACCUGCGUAGCCCCUGCAACCUGUGAGUUCCCAAACUUCAGUUGUGAUCAAGGCAAGAAGUGCCUGACUCGUUCUCAGAUAUGUGACGGUAUUGCGCAAUGUGGGGACGGGAAGGAUGAGGAAGGCUGUGCCGGAAAGGCUAUGAUAGAGAGGGGGAAAUUCAGAUUGAACUCCCAGAGAACCCAGCUUACAAUUCCCAGGGCACAGAAGACCGAUGUCAUGUGUGUGCAGUGCCUGGUUAGCAAUAAGUAUGGCAACAUCUUUGGGGACGGCUGUCUUACAGUUAUAGACAAGAUUGAGAUAGACAAGGGCCCCAAUGCCACAUAUGACGUUGAGCCCAAUAUGGAGAUUGUCAUCGACAUUGUUGCCCGCACAGACCCAGACUGGCAGAACCAGAUGAGCUACCAAUGGUUCUGGUACAUGCCUGUAACCACGCCGACUGGUGACAAGAUUAUAGAAAAGCAGAAAUUCCCACUCACCUCUAGCUAUAACCAGUACUUCAAGCUGUCAAUGUCGGGCAAGGAGCUGACCUUCACCAUACCCGACGUGAAAACACCGGUAAUGGAGGGCAAUACGGCCGAGUAUGAUAUCUACCAGGACCUGACGGAUGACAGACUGUUCUCCAUCAAUAUCAGCCACCAGUUUGACCAUAGAGUGGUGAACUUCACAGUGAAAGGAAAGGAGCUGGAAAAACCAAAACCUGUGCCAGUGAUCAAGCCUGCAGGAUUCAAUCUGUGGUUUAUUGCUCUGAUUGUGGGUAUCCUGGUAGUGUUUAUCGUUGUGGCCCUUAUCAUCUGCUAUAUGUACCGGAACAGAGGUGGUACAUACCCAUUGGACAAGAAGGAGAAGAAGGCAGGCAACAACCCUGAACAGGAACUGAAAGAGAAUGAUUUUCAGGAUGUGGGGAGAGUUGAUGACUUCUUUGAUGAUACCAGAGAUGCGGAGACCGGUAUAAAUGCAGAGGAGCGACCAUUGAGUAGUGGCAUGGAGGAUGACAAUGGAUACCACUUUGCAGAUGAUGUGAACGGCAGUAAAUUCCAGGAGGACGGCUCCUUCAUUGGAGAAUAUGGAGAGAAGAAGGCUCAUCACAGCUCCAAGGAGGCUAUUGUGUAGGAUCCACAGAUCUAGUCUAGUGGUGUUACUAAUUUUAGUUUAAUUACUAAUUUUUUUAAAGGUUUCUUUCUGUCUUUAAAAUGUCAGUGGGUACUCAGUGUUGAAAGUAUGUAAGAGAAAUGAUGACUUGACUACUAUGAACACUGAAUAACCCAUUUAGUGUUCCAAAAAUGACAAAUGAUGGUUUGAAUUUGCUUGGUUUGUUGGUAAAUAUUUUCUGCUUUGAAAAUGAAGGUAGUCAAAGUUGUGAGCAUGGUAAAUAAUAGUGAAUGUAAUGUGAUUGAUAAACAAAUUCAUGUAUAACUGGUUGUGUUUUUUUUUUGUUCUUUGAUGACAGAUAUGAGUUAAUAUGGUGUCAUUGUUUUACAAAGGACUUCUGUAAAGAGUGUGCAGGUUUUAAUUUCCCAUUUAACAAUACAGUUGUGUUAUAUAAUUUGAUAUGGAAUUGCCAUAUUAAAAAGCAUUUUUAAUAGUUAUGUUUACAUUUUGGUUGUGACUAUUGUAUCAUAAGAUGAAGACAUUAUUUUCAAAGGAGAGAGUAUAAUAAACCUCGCUAGAAAAAAAGAAAACAAAGUUAAACUUACAGCACCUACUUCAAAAUACAUCAAUGAUUAAAAUAGAAGUUGUUUGCCUGUCUCAUACAAUUUCACUCUUUUAGAUUUCAAAAUUGUAAAUAACAUAAAUUAAUGAUUGCUUUGUAUGUGCACCACUCUAGCAGAUCUGAAAGUAAUUUGUAUUUCUUUUCCUAGUGUCUGUUUGACAGAAAUCAGACAGAAAUGUUAUAGAGUAAAAGAGGUACUACUGAUAAUGCUGACAAAUACGGCAUUUACAACUUUGCAUUAUUAAGAAACAAAUUAUUUGAUAGUAUAAUUAAUAUUCUGUCAUAUAUCCAUCAAAGAUGUGAUACUGUGUAUUUUAUUAAUAUAAGUCACUAAUAUGGUGCAUAGAACAUGACCUAUCACUGUGAUUCCAAAGUUUAAUGUAAUAAUCCAUGUCCUUAGCUGUGUGCUGCCUUAUUAUUAAUAAUGUUUGGAUAUGUGCCAGUCUCAUGAAUCAAAUAUAAUUUACUCUGACAUUCUAACACAAUAUCGGGAUAACAUUGUUUAAUUCACAAUUUUUAGUGCAAAGAAUAUUUUUGUAAAAAAUAAGUGUGACAUAUUCGAUUUUAUUAAGCUUUGGAAUAUUUGUAUAACGUACAAAUGUAUUGACAUUAUCCAAGUGUUAUACAAUCAGAUCAGGUGUUUUGACAUUUCAUUUGCGUAUGUCAGGCAUUUUUUUCCUAUUCAUGUUGCUGUGUGCAUGGACUGUAUGUAAAUUUUAUACAAGUAAUUUGCAUUUUACGCUUCAGUCUUUCUUUCUCAAUUAUAAGUGUUGUUUUGGUCUUCCAAUAUAGUUUUGAUUAUAAAAAUAUGUAAGCUUUGUUGUUUUAGUUUAAUCAUUAUCUGAAUAUAGAAUAUUUUUGUAUAAUCAUCAAAGAAAAAGAAAGAGAAUCAUGUGUAGAUCUAAUAAUGAAAAGCAUUUGUUGUGUGACUUUGAAGAACUUACUUUUGUUUUAUGUAAUCAAAGUCUAUGAAUUAAUUAUUCUGUAGUGCAGAUAUAGUAUGUAAGAGUGUAUUUUAUUUCUCCUCUUUUGUACUAGAGCUAUUUAGUAUUGUACUACAAUAUUUUUAUGUGAUUAUAUCAUAUAGUCAGCAUUAGCUUCAUAAAUGUGUUGUGUGAGUGUAACAACUUUUCAUCUUUAAUCCUGAAAGCUUGAAAUCACAUCAAAUUAAUGCAUGAAAAUGUGUAUAGAAAAAGAAUGAGGUCUAAAAUUGUUGCUUUUACAGCGAAUUAAGCUUAUCAUAUCAAAAGUGAGUAAAAAAUAUAACAGAAACCAUUCUUCUAAAACAUUUCAACAUGAAAUGUUUCUUCUUAUUUAAUUAAAAUUGAGACAAAGUUUAAAGUUUUUGCAUCCAUUGAAUGACUGUUGUUUAAGUUUGAGCAACAGAUCCCUGUAUAUCUGAAUUCUUUGUAUCCAUGCAUUUUUAGCUCACCUGAAUGCUCAGGUGAGCUUUUGUGACCGGUCUUUGUCCGUCUUCCGUCCCUCGUCCACAUUUGGUUUGUAAACACUCUAGAGGCCACAUUUCAUGUCGGAUCUUCAUGAAACUUGGUCAGAAGAUUUAUCCCAAUGCUAUCUCGAUCAAGUUUGAAACUGGGUCAUGCUGGGUCAAAAACUAGGUCACUAGGUAAAAAAAAAGAAAAACCUUUUAACACUGUAGAAGUUACAUUUCAUGCUCAAUCUUCAUGUAACUUUGUCAAAAUGUUUGCCUUAAUGAUAUGUUGGUCGAGUUCAAAAGGGUCCGGUCCGUUGAAAAACAUGGCCGCCAGUGGGCGGGGCAGUUUUCCUUAUUUGGCUAUAGAGAAACACUCUAGAAGUCACAAUUUUUGCCAAAUCAUCAUGAAAGUUGGUCAAAACAUUGGUUUUAUUGAUAUCUCAGACGAGUUCGAAAAUGGUCCAGAUCGGUGAAAAAACAUGGCUGCCAGUGGGCGGGGCAUUUUCCUCUAUAUGUAUAUAGUGAAAACAUGUGAACACUCUAGAAGUCACAUUUUUGGCCCAAUUUUCAUGAAAUUUGGUCAGAACAUUUGUUUCCUUGAUAUGAGAGUUGUGUUUGAAAAUAGUUCUGGUCAGUUGAAUAACAUGGCUGGGGGGGGGGGGCAGUUUUCCUUAUUUGGCUAUAGAGAAACCUUGUAAACACUCUAGAAGUCACAAUUUUUGCCAAAUCAUCAUGAAAGUUGGUCAAAACAUUGGUUUUAUUGAUAUCUCAGACGAGUUCGAAAAUGGUCCAAAUUUGUGAAAAAACAUGGCUGCCAGUGGGCGGGGCAUUUUCCUCUAUAUGUAUAUACUGAAAACAUGUGAACACUCUAGAAGUCACAUUUUUGGCCCAAUUUUCAUGAAAUUUGGUCAGAACAUUUGUUUCCUUGAUAUGAGAGUUGUGUUUGAAAAUAGUUCUGGUCAGUUGAAUAACAUGGCUGGGGGGGGGGGGGGGCAGUUUUCCUUAUUUGGCUAUAGAGAAACCUUGUAAACACUCUAGAAUUCACUAUUUUUGCCAAAUCAUCAUGAAAGUUAGUCAAAACAUUGGUUUUAUUGAUAUCUCGGACGAGUUCGAAAAUGGUCCAGAUCGGUAAAAACAUGGUACCAAACACACAAAAACUAAAGAAGGGCAUAAUUCUUAAUUAAACUGGCAAUAGUGUUUAUUGGGUAUUUUUAUUCAAGGCAAUACAAUUCUAAUGUAUGUACAGAAGCACUCUUCGACCUUCAGUACAUGAACUUUCACUUAAUGUUUUAUUUUUAUCUCAUUUAAUAUUUUAACAACUAAUGAAAAAUCGCGUGUACAGUUCUAAGUCGCAUACAUUCGCGAUUAGUGAAUAGACUUAUAUUCUAGUGAAAGGUGUGUGAUUUAAGGAGUGAAUAGUGUGAACGUGUAAUAUAGAGUGUUUAUAUUCGGUGGAGGAUUAUUCACUGUCUACAAACGAUUGUUUGGUUCCUCUACAAAGGGGGUUCAAGAAGAACACAAAACAGAACAUGGCCGCCAGUGGGCGGGGCAUUUUUUUCUAUAUGUAUAUAGUGAAAACAUGUGAACACUAGAAGUCACAUUUUUGGCCCAAUUUUCAUGAAAUUUGGUCAGAACAUUUGUUUCCUUGAUAUGAGAGUUGAGUUCGAAAAUGGUUCCGGUCAGUUAAAAAACAUGGCUGCCGGGGGGGGGGGGGGCAGUUUUCCUUAUUUGGCUUUAUAGAAACCUUGUAACACUCUAGAAGUCACAAGUUUUGCCCAAUCAUCAUGAAAGUUGGUCAAAACAUUGGUUUUAUUGAUAUUGAGUUCGAAAAUGGUCCAGAUCGGUGAAAAAACAUGGCCGCCAGUGGGCGUUGCAUUUUUCUCUAUAUGUAUUUAGUGAAACAUGUGAACACUCUAGAAGUCACAUUUUUGGCCCAAUUUUCAUGAAAUUUGGUCAGAUCAUUAAAUUUUGUUUCCUUGAUAUGAGAGUUGAGUUCGAAAAUGGUUCCGGUCAGUUGAAUAACAUGGCUGCCAGGGGGAGGGGGGCAGUUUUCUUAUAUUUUUAUAGUAAAAAAAGCUUGUGAACACUCUAGAAAUCACAUUUUUUGCCCAAUCAUCAUGACACUUGGUACAAAUAUAUAUAUAUAUCACAAAAUUGAUGCCAUAAUUAUUGCCCUUAGAUUGUCCAAAUUUUCAUUAUACUAUACAAAAUCCUUAUAAACACUAGAGGUCACAAUUUUGUUUCAGGUUUUAUGAAUCUUGGUCAUAAUAUUUAUAUUUGUAAGCAAAGUUUGAUGUUUGGCAAGGGGGGUCACCUCAAAAUAUAGGGCACCAGGUCAAAUCUUACAAAAACAAAAACACUCCAUAUGCCAGAGUUUUGGUUCAAUAAUGAUGAAACUUGACCAGGAUGUUUGUCUGGACAAUAUCUAGGUCAAGUUUGAUGUUUGGUAAAGAUUGAAUGAACCGACUCCUCUCUGGUGAGCGAACUAGGGCCAUCUUGGCCCUCUUGUUUAAAAUUACAAGUGUGCUUGAAGUAUUUUGUAUGAUUCACAUGCAAAAUGUCGUUGAAAGAAUUUGUGAUGAAAUCCUGUCGAAGUGCCCUUGUUAUUUGGUCAGUAGUUUUCCAUAAACACCUUGAAAUAAUAUUUCAUUAUCCAUUUACUAUUUACAUUAACAUGUGUAAGUUAUCAUUUGGCACACAUGUAUGCUAUUUUUUUACUCUUGAUAGUUCAACAAGUAUCAUGUUAUUAUUCAUAAUUCAACUUUCACUGUAUUUCUAGAAAAUCUACCUAAGGAGGGAGAUGAUGCUUAACCAACAUCAACACAAAUAAUUUGUUUUAACGAAAUGUUUCUUUGUAACAUUUUGAGUUUGUAAAAGAUAAGAGCAAAGAAAUUGCAUUUAUUGCUUUUGGACAGACAGUAUAUAGUUUCCAUUCAAUUACAUAGUAGAUUGAAUAAUAUUUAUUCUUUGAAUAUUUGUUUUAAUUUUCUAUGCAAUGAAAAUGAAAUUUUCAGUACAUCAUGGCUAUGCAUUCCAGAAAUACUAUUAGUUUUAUGUAGCCUUGAGACAAUAGCCAAAUUAAAAUCUGAAAAUGCUCAAAUCUGAUAUAAAAUACUAAAUACAACAUUAUAUAUAAUAUGCAUAAGAUGUCGGAUUGGGUUAAGUAUUACAUUUUACCAUAUGUUUACUAUCUGUGUAUUAAAUACAGUAGUUGCACAUUCAAUCCAAGGUUUACUGGACCAAUAGGAAACUUGUGAAAUCUAGAUUUAAAAAUAUCAUCAUUAUUGUACAUCAAGAUGUAGGUGUUUUUUAAAACUGUUGAUUUAUAAUAGAAAUGCAUACAAUCAACUGUCUUCUGUAAAAUAAACUCACCUGUUUGGAACAGUAAUGACAUAGACUUUUGGCAGUGUUUCAUUUAUGGUUCAAGUCUCUUUAAACCAAGUUCUGGAAAAAUGGGGCUUCAUGCAUAUGGGUCAAGGGUUGUCUCGGAUUAGCCUGUGCAUUUCCAACGGACUGCUAGCUAAUCUAGGACGACACUUAACGCACAUUUGUUAAGCCGAGUUUUUUUAAAUAGAUUAAAAGCUGUGUGGGUUUGCUUCAGCUGUGUUAUAUACCAUGACAACAUUCCUGCUUAUUGCUUUCAGUUUGUGUGUGAUUUUGUGAAUUGGAGAGUUAGAUUGAUCCCAUCAAUAUUGAAUUCAUCUUGUACAUUUGAUGCAAGCCUUAUGUUCAAACACUAAGUUGAUUCAGAGUUUCAUGUUUAGAUCAACACCAUUAUUUUCAGGGUCAAGUAUAUACUCUGCUUAUAUGUUUAGAAAACUUUAGAUUUUCUUCGUGUUCUGGGAGAAUUGCAGUAUGUAUACUCUACUGAAUUUUUACUGAAAUUAACAAUUUACGAAUCUCUGAGUUAAUAGAUUACUUUAUCAUGAUUUCGAUUUCUUUUCUACAUUUUUUUUUAAAUUUAUGUGAAGAGUUUAAUCAAAAUUCUAUAGAAUUAAUGUUAUUUUAUUUUAAAGAAAAUUCAUAUAAAAAAUGCAACAUUUUUAGCAGAUUGAUGUGAAAGAAGCUUUAACUGGUUAUUCAUUCUUUAGUUCAAUGUGAUAGUGUUGCUGCAGCUGCUUGAAAAUAUGUAAAGCUUGUUUGCCCAUAAAAAUGAUUACAUAGUUUUUAGAACUGUCACUGCUUUGUGCGACAUUUGAGCUGUUUAAGUUGUUGUUUUUCAAAAUGUGUUUGCUUUUUCAUAUGUAAAUGAUUUUAUUAAAAAUUUCUAAUGUAAAUAUAAUGUAAAUAAGUCAUCAACCAUAUAACAUUUGUUUGGUUCAUAAAUAUACACAGAGUACACCACUAAAUGUAUUACUGGUAUUUUAUAUUGAUUUUACUCCAUUUUAGAUUUCCACAUCAUUUAUUUAGCUUGUACACUCAUUCGUCAGUUUAAUUGAAAUUAAGAUAAACCUAUCAAAUAGGCCAUAAAUUUAUCAACAUUUAUAUUGAUGAAUAGUUUUGUGUAUUUGAGACAUGGACAAAUACUUCCAAGCGAUUGUUUUUUCACUUUUAACAAAUUAAAAUGUUAUUUCAUUACAUUUUCGUUAAAUAUAAUUAUGAUUACUAACUUGGUUUUUACUUCUAACUUGUUUCGUAUCUUACAAUAUAAAAAUUGAAACAUAUAUUUUAGCAAUUAAUAAUAGCAUUUGUAAUAUGUAAAUGACCGUUCUUUUAUUCUGUAUUGUUAAAGGUAAAAAGUAGCCAUUAGUAAACUGUUGUUCUUUCUUACUUUUUGUCCUGUUUUUGCUCACACAAAUCAUAUAUAUAAAUGACAUGCUUGAAAAAGGAACAAGACAAUUUGAUGUUGGUAGAGGUUUUGUUGACAAUAAAUUGGAAGGAUUAAUUUAAAUGAUAAUGCAAUUAAAUUGCAAAUUUUUAGUUGUGAGAAUGUGUGCACAAUAUACAGAUGUAUUUUCAAAUUAUUUUAGUUACACUUAGUUUUAUUGCUUAUCAUAUUAAUAUAAACACAUCCACAUAUUAAUAAGUAUGCCCAUUUGAUUAAUUUGAUCAUUUCACAUGCCGUGGUGAAUGUAAUGCCCUCAGUGUAUGCUACGAGAUUUUAUUAUACAUAAAAUUGUACACUUGCGAAAGGUGAUUUCACCAGGCAAUCUGUGUUAAUAACGUGUAAUUAUGUACUAAUAUAGAACCACCUAGUUCAGUUGUACAGUUCAUAUCUGAUCAGGUUGAUGUUAUACCCUCAGUGUACACUGAUAAUUUUAUUUCCAUAAAAUUGUACACUUGCGAUUGGUGAUUUGACCUCGAUCUUUUUUUAAAGAUUUAUUAUUUACAUUUUGUAAUGCAUAUUUUACAAAGUAUAUUUGAUAACAUAAUAUGUAGAUUUAAAUACAUGAAGUGAAUCAUUGAUAUAGCUAUGGUUGUGAGAAAAAAAUUGUUUGGGAAUUUGAUUGGUGACAAUUGAAAGAAGAAAAUUUCAAUUAUUUCUGUUUAAAUGUUAUGAUCUGGUAGUGGUCAUUUUCCUAGAAAAAAUACUAGUUUGUUAUUAAAGAUUAGUUAAGAGGUAACUCCUUAACUCAUUUCUGAGUAUAAAGUCGCCAAUACGUGUGUUCUAAUCUGUCUAAAAUAUCUCCGUUUUAAUAUCCUCUUUAUGAAGUAGAUUAUUUAUUUUCUUUCUAAUAAAACCAUUUAAACCAUUUGUAAGUAAUGAAUACUAUUUUUUGUCGAUCGUUUCUAUUGACUUCCAUCAUAAUACUACUUUAUUAGAUUUUAAUGUCAUGAUACAAUAAGUACGUGAUAUUGAUGCAAUGUCAACAUCAAAAUGUCUAAACUGUUGUAGAAUAUAAACAUUCAGAUUUGCAUACAAUUUGCUUUUAUCUUUUUGUUGUUUUUCUUUAUUUUUAACUUUCGAGAUGUAUAUUUCAGGACUGGAAACACCAGUAUGUUGCAGCUAUUAAAUGAUUGCUUCUUCAA